AUGCCCAUCGGACACGGUGCGAUGUCGCACAGGUGCAUCAGGCAGGCCUAUCAUCCUAGCGACCUGCCUGCCAGGCCUUGGACCAGCGUAGCCGUCGCACCGGACGAACUGCGCCUCUUCAGCUGCAGCGGAGCAGGCUUGUACCUCAAAGAAGACAAGUCGGCUCCUCAUGCGCGCGGAUUCGUCAUCCUCACCACACAUCGCAUCCUCUUUGUGCCUGCUGCCGAGCUGAAUCCGCACGAUGGCAUCGAGGUGUAUCUGAGGGAUAUCAGGCAGACUGAGCACUACGCUGGAUUCCUCAGCUCGAGCCCCAAAGUAUCGCUUUUGCUCGCUCCGCCUGGCACCUCAACGCACUCCGAGCGUACGCCUUCCGCAGUCGCUGCUCCGCUGCCAAGCGCUUCCACUCGACCAUCGAGCAGCUCGGCGUCCAGACACCUAGCAGCGUCCGCGGCGCAGAAUGACCUGCAGUACGCCUCCGACGGUGAUGCAUGGGUUUGCGCCAUUUGCACCUUUUCAAAUCAAGCCAGCUCGGUGUGUCAGCUGUGCGGCGUACCCAAGCAGAAAGCGUCGGCUCAAGAGAAUGCGGGACGCGCUUCGGCAGCGUCGCGGCCACCUGCGACCACGUCUGGUCCAACAGAUCCUCGCGAUUCCUCAGCCAGCCAUUCAUCUGGAGGCGAUGAGCUGGAGUACAGGUUACCGAGCAGGAAGGUGAGCCCAAAUCGCGGCGGACCUGCCACUGCCACUGCCACUUCGGGGCAAGAAGAAUCACACACCGCGACCGUCAAGAGGCGCUCUAGCAGCAAUAUCUGUCCGAUUUGCACCUUCGCCAAUCAUCCUUACCUUCCCACGUGCGAAUUGUGCGGAGCGCCGCUCUCUUCGACCAGCUCCAAGCUGUCGCUCACAUCAAAAGGCGGGAACAAUGACAGAUGGCAUGGGCAGAAAUCGACCGAGUCAACAUCUGGUGAUGUGAAUGGUUCGGAAUCGCUCAAGAUUGCCUUUAGGGAAGGCAAGGAUAAGACGUUUUACAGUACGCUCAAAGGAGCUCUACGAGCUCGAGCGUGGGAAGAUACGACGGACUCGAGGAUGUCCUUGUUGCAUGAUCUCUCUUCAAUUUCUGAACGGCGAGCAUCUCCGCUCUCUUUGUCCAGUCCGGCCGCGCGCAGUAGUCCGGGCGCACACUCACCUGCUGCGGCUCACGCAUCAUCACCGGAGGGUGCGCGCAGACCCAUCGGGAUAGAUGGGAUCCUCUCCGCAGUGGACGCGCGAGCACAAGCGGACAAUCAAUCGCUCAGCAUUGCCUUUUCGGAUCUGGAAGCGCUAGCCUCUCAAGCUCGGAGGAUGGUGGAUCUUGCAUCUUCCUUGUCGCUCAAGCUGGCCAAGGCCAAAGCGAUCGGCGACGAGUCGGUGAGCGAAGAGACGCAGAGCUUGAUCAGCCAUUCCAUGGUCACGUUGGGAUUGAAGAAUCCGGCACUGCUCAAGACGGAAGCAAAGGAUGAAAAGGAAUUCUUGUUGGGCUUGGCAAAGGAAUUGGCCGGUCUGCUCUUUGGAAUCGGAAGCGCUGCGCGGGACACUUCUUCUCGAGCAAGUCCCAACGCGACUGGAGGUCUGAUGGGCAGGGGCAGGGUUACACAUGCACCGCAAGAAGGGGCAACCCUCGCUGCUACCAGCACACCGGCCACCGACGAUUCGUCCGAGUCGAUUGAUUCGAACUUCACAGGCAUGAUGGGUCUAGACGAAGCGUGGGUGAUUUGGAACAGGGCAAGAGGCGUAGCGCUCAUCUCUCCGGCCACAUUCAGAAAAGUGGUGGACGUGUUGCCCUUGGUGACGAGUCCGAUUAUACGGAUGAGGGUGCUCAGUUCGGGAUUGAGGGUGCUUCAUACGCCUAGAUGGUCCGACGAAUCCUUCCAGAUGAGAAUCAAGAGGUAUUUGUACCCGUUCACAUCGCAACAACAUUCUUCCGCCCAGUCCCUCCCACAGACCAACAACGACGAGACGGAGACGGAGACGGAGACGGAGGCGGAUGCGGAUGCGGAAGCGCCCGAUGUGGAGCGCAAUGUGGUAAUAUCACCGUGGGGCGAUGGACUGUCGACGGCUCAAUUGGCCAAUCUAGAAUCGGCGCCCAUAGCAUUCAUCUCGGAGAUGCUGCAGCUAGCCGAAACGUCCGGUGCGCUACUCAGGGACGAGAACGCAGCGGGAGGCGGCACGAGAUGGUUUGGAAAUUACAUUUUGCACUUUCAGGAGCAGCACCAGGAGCACCAGCAGCAGCAGCAAGGGGCCGAUGAGAUGGGCUUGCGACGAGGAACAGAACGGUUGAGGGUUGUGUGA